UCACACCAAAGUGGACACUAUUUUUAUUUUUGGGGGAUUUCACAAAAAACCCAGCGGCGUUCCUUAUCAGUUGGUUAUUUAAUCCUUUGAAUUGCGUUGUUUUAAGAGCACAAGUCGGUGGAAAAUGGUUUACCUGAAUUUACUGGUUGGCCUUGGCGUGGUUUUGGUGGCAGCUGCCACGGCCAUCUACUUCAGCCAGCCGACUUACCAGACGCCUCAUCGCCAACCGAGGAGUCGCAAUCGCAGGGAUGAGGACGAGGAGGAGUUCGACAAUGGAGCCAGUCUGCACCGGCAGUUCAGGGAUCAGCGAACGCGGCGCAGCCUGCCUGGUGACAAGUGCGCCAUCUGCUUAAGUGAAAUGCGACAUGGCGAAAUGCGCUUCAUGAAGUGCGGACAUGCCCUGGACGGCGGCUGUUUCGAGGAAUAUCGCUAUGUCCGCCGGAACUGCCCACUGUGCUACAGGACCGUCAAUCUCAGUCUUCCCGGCGACAGCUGCGCGAUCUGCCUGGACUCCCUGGAGAGGACCAACAUGGUGCACCUGCGCUGCCAGCAUGCUUUGCACUUCGAGUGCCAUCAGCAGUUUAUUGCUAGCGGAGCCAAGUGCUGCCCACUGUGCCGGGAGCAACUGUAGGAGUCCCACAUAUCACCCAAGUCUGCUCCGCAGGAGGAUAUUAAGGAAAGCACAAAUGUUAUAAUAAUAAGCGAGUGCUACACCCUUGGUGCACAAAGAAUUUGUACUAAUUAACAUUAGGAAAGCGAUAAGCAAUCGAAGCAAGUCUGUUAUAGCGUCUAAUUCUCGAGAGUUUUUUUGUUAAAUAAACAUCUUAAAAUGCCUUAUAGAAA